GGGAGGGAGGAGGGAAGGGGGGCGGAACCGGAAGGGGCGGAAGCCGCCGUCCUUGGUGUUGUGAUCCCCGAAGCGCUGCGCUACUUUGCGCGUGGUUGCUUUUUGGUGCCCGGUAUAGCCGGUAUAGCGGCGGCGGGGCCUGCCUUGGCUGCCGCUGGCGAUGGCGACCAUGUUGUGCAGCGUGAUGUGCAGGAGAACCAGUAGGUUAGUACCAGCUUUGGGAUGCUUGGGCUCCAGGCAAAAGCACAGCCUCCCUGACUUGCCUUAUGAUUAUGGUGCAUUGGAGCCUCACAUUAAUGCACAGAUCAUGCAGUUGCAUCACAGCAAACAUCAUGCCACUUAUGUGAAUAACUUGAAUGCUACAGAGGAGAAAUAUAAAGAAGCCCUGGGAAAGGGUGAUGUUACUACUCAGGUAGCCCUCCAGCCUGCACUGCGGUUCAAUGGUGGUGGUCAUAUCAAUCACACUAUUUUCUGGACAAACCUUAGCCCAAAUGGCGGAGGAGAACCCAAAGGGGAAUUGCUGGAAGCCAUCAAACGUGAUUUUGGUUCUUUUGAAAAAUUUAAGGAGAAGUUGACAGCUGUGUCGGUUGGUGUUCAAGGUUCAGGUUGGGGUUGGCUUGGCUUCAAUAAGGAGCAAGGACGGCUGCAGAUCGCUGCUUGUGCUAAUCAGGAUCCUUUGCAAGGAACGACAGGUCUUAUUCCUCUACUAGGAAUUGAUGUGUGGGAACAUGCUUAUUACCUUCAAUAUAAAAAUGUUAGACCUGAUUAUCUAAAAGCCAUAUGGAAUGUAAUUAAUUGGGACAAUGUAACUGAAAGAUACUCGGCCUGUAAAAAGUAAAGCAUUGGUAUACUCACUGUUUAAACAUUUGUUCUUGUUGAAGCUAUUUUUGUAGCGUGUGGCACCAUAAUUUGUUAAGGAGCUGAUGUUCUACGGGACUCUUGUAUCACCUAUUAAAAUAUGUGCACUUAAGGAAAUUGUUUAAUGCCAUGAAAGAUUUCUUAUUUUCAAAGCUUUUUGAUUUUGUGCAGUACUAUGCAUAAUAACUUUAGGGAUUGAGUGUGGGUUAUAUGAAUGCUCCAGGUAGGCUAGGUGUUUAAUGAACAUGACUGUUGUCAUGAUUAAAAAGACAACACCACCACAAAUAAGU